AUGCCGAUUAAGACAUUGGAAUCGUACUUGUUCGAAAGAAAGUUAGCAAACGCCCUGUCUAUUGAAAUUCUUCAGAAUGCUACAGUGGGAAUUGAUGUUGACCAUUACUUGAGCCGCAUCUAUACAUUCAAAAAGGAGCAAUUUUUGGCCGGUAUUGGGGGUAUCCCAGCGCUGCUCAAAGAUUACAUCCAUCUGGACUUGCAAGUCUUCCAGGAGUUUAAUAUCAAGCCAAUUUUUAUCAUUAACGGUUUAGGAUUUCCAGGGCAACGGCAUCAGUACAAGACCAAUGAAUUGAGUCCUACUGAGCAACACUUAGAAGCUAUGUGGGCCAAAUUGGGCCUGAAGCCGAUGUACCAAUACAAUCUGUUGGAGUCUUUUCGGAUUUUCACCGAUCCUUUGCCACUCCGUCCUAUGAUUCACGACUUGGUGCAGUAUUUUAUCGAAAUCGGGAUUGACUACCUCAUUAGUCCUUACGACGCAUCAUUCCAAUUGCUGUAUCUCUAUCAACUGGGCAUGAUUGAUGCGAUUUAUGGUCUGACUGACCUCUUGUUAACCAAAAUUGACAAGUUCAUUCUUGGAAUGGAAUUUCAACUGAAGGACUUCAGGUUUAUUGAUAAGCAAAAAGUUUUACUGGAACUUCAAUUGACUGAGCGUCAGUUCACAGACUUGUCUUUGAUGGUUGGGUGUACGGUGCAGCCCGAAACCUUUCCUAACUUUCCCCCCUUGCCGAAACCUAAUCAAAUACAGCCGUUUCCACAAUUGCUGUAUUUUAAGUUGGGACUUGAUAUUAUAUACCAUAAUAGCUUCGUCAACCAACUGGGGGAUUUACAUGCUUAUAUUGCGCUGCUCAAUGAUCCAAAUUUGUUACAGCUUUACUACCAAGGCCACGCUGCUCUAAAUUUUGCCCCUGUACUCAAUAAGGAAGGAUAUGUUGAGCCCUAUCUGGUUGAGCUAUUGAAGUUGGGUCUUCCAAUUAAUCCUGAUUUCCUUACUAAAGAUGAUAGUGGUGAUGCUAUUGUCAAAAUCCCGAAUAAUACCCAUGAAGUGAUAAAUGAAAGAUUGCCUCCCGAAUUUUACUUUUACCAACUGCUUGGUAUUGUUCCCUUGGAGCUUGCGGAAGCAAUUACACAAGGAUUUCUCGAAAUUCGACCCACUCUCGAGCUGGGUUUGCUGGACUCUUACAAAAAGUUGAUAACAUCUAAGUUCUACGUUGACAAUUUAGAUCAACAAUUCAACCUACUUACUCAAUUGCUUGCUCGAUAUUAUCAAGUUAAAAAAGUACAAGUCAAGUACUGGUUUCAGGAUGAUAUUGUCGAACUAAAUAACCGAAUGACUCCUUCAACCCUGAAGCGGAUAGGGCUGCACUAUGCUAUCAUCAAGGGAAAACCAGACAGAUUUUCACUUGUCGAGUACUUCAAGAUUGGUACAACGAAGCCCGAUGGAGCUGUUUGGAAACCUGCCGCAGUCAUUGCUACUGUUGUGUACCGCACAUUGUUAAUGUUUGACUUGAUCGAUGCAAAUUCAGGCGAGCUCAAACAAUUAGGAAAAGUGAUCGUGCGGUUCGUAACUGAGAAUGACGUCUCCGAGCAAGCUUUUCAAGAGUUGUUUUUAGUUUUGCUUUUGAUGAAACUGGGUGCCUUGGUACUCACUGAGCUGAACCGAAACUUUACCAACGUGCCGAAAUACUUCAAGGAGGGCGGAUCGGAGCUGGCAGCAGUUGAAUUGGGACCUGAACAUAUGAAGUUUUUAACGAUUAUUGGGAGGGUCUUUAGCAUUCACAAGCUCAACAUCUCUCCAAUCAACUAUCAAGGUCCAAUUUCUCGGAACUUGCUCAACUUCCGUUCUCAUAUCAAGUUCAUUUCGUCAGCUUUGUGCAAUACCUUACAACUGGUGCUUGUCGACUUCUUGGUGCACAGCACGGAAGUGAAGCACGAGUAUAAAGGAAAAGAUGAUUGGUAUCCACUUCUCUCUCAGAUACCAUUUUAUCGAGAUGUCAAUUCUACCCUUCUAGGUGUGGUUGCCGAAAUCUACUUUGAGUAUCUGUUCCGCCAACUGAAGGUAGGCAAUAAACUGUCUUCCGAGAUCAAAGCGAUGAGCCAUGAUCACUUGAUGACUCAAGUAUUCCAGACUAAUAUGUCUCUGUUUAACAUCAAUGUUCACGGUGUUAAUCUGAUAACGCUGGAUCAGAUGGCUCGGGAUUUUGCAGAGGGUGUCAAGUUCUGGAAAUUGUUCAUAAAGUUGGCACAGUUAAUUCAUGCAACUGACGACAAUUUGGUAGGGGCACAAUAUUUGAAGGACAUUAUGGGCGCAGAUGAAUGGGUGAACCAAUUCACAUAA